CAGCUGUGAAGGCGGCUUGUAGAAAGCAGUACGUUACUUGGUCUGCUGUAUUCCGGGUCUUCUAUUUUGAGUCUAAAGUCGAUUUGAUCAAUAACUCCACUUUUGUGAACAUGCCUUCGGAAAUGUAUUUUAAUUUGGAGUCCAUACCUGCCACCGUCGACGAAGUUGUUGUUUCUGGAUUGAACAGGACGCACGAUUCAAUUGUCAAAAAACAAGUAGUUAAUAAUCCUCGAUUUGAACUUUGAUUUAUCAAGUUUGUGGGGCUGGUAAAAUCACAGAAUUUACGGGACCUUUUUGAGAAUGUGAAGGUUGCUAAAGAAAAGCUCGUAAAACUUGGUGUGUUCAAGACCAUUUUUGCUGUUGUGGAUGUGUCUGAAGAUCAUUCUAAGCCGAAUGCGUAUAAAGUGUUUUCAGUAUUCAGUAUGCCUCGUGUCUCUCAGUGUUAUGUGAAUUGUAACUGUACACAAUGGUAAUAGUACCCGUUAUUAGUGGCCAAGUAUCGGUCAUCAAAGACAUUUAUUUAAAGAAACUAAAAGCUUCAUACGUUUUGUCUGUUGUUUCGAUUAAUGAAGGAGGAUUUCUUGCCCGAAAAUAUUAACUUUCAUCGUAGAGGCUAUGUAAAGCCAAGGAAAUACAGCCUUUCAAAUGAAGUCUUGGAAUAUAUUCACUUUGCAGUCCUCCUUUCCAACAUGUGACAAAUUACCUUCAAAGUUGAGGAAAAACGCUUCGUUACCGCCCGAAUGUCAAUGACUCAUGGAACUGAUGGAAUUACAAAGGCAUGUGGAAACGUUCGUCUCAAUAAUUUUGCUCAUAAUGCUGAAUGUGCUGAUAUUGAUGUUGAGAUCGGUUCAAACCAGAUGGUUUCCAAGUUUGCAACUAUUUCAAAGCCAUUGGAGAAUAAUCCAUACGUUCGUUUUAGUAUUGGUGGGACAGAAGGGAAUUGGGAUCACUAUUGGGCUAAAUUUCUGCGACAUGAACGUUCAGUUUUUAUGGAAGCUCAAGCAGAAUCCUCCGUUGGAUUGCACAGAUUUCAAUGGGAUGCAGUGUGGCGAGAAACAGAAGUUAAGGAUCCUACUGCACCGUUAGGCGUCCUCAAAGAAUGCGGACCAGCAGUGAAAUCUAGUCUUCGUCAUGUUUUCGAAUCAGAUGCUCGUCCUGAUUUAGUCUUUCCAGAUGCUGGGUAUCUCUGUAGAAUAAGUCAAGAAAUUGCCUCUAUUACUCCUGGUAGUCAAACAGGACAGUCUAAUGUUAGUGAUAUUUCUUCUAGUGAAACAGAUUCUUUAGUUGAUCGUGCAUUGCAAUUAAAAUUGGAGGGAUUGCUUCAGAAACCAUUUCGUUUAUGUGAGUGGCUUGUUGGAGAAGUGACAUUUUCUUCUGGAUUGAUUCAUUCUUUGACCAAACAUCCGGUUCAUAUUUCUGAUAGAUUUUUUUUGGGUGGACCUUUAGAACUUAGAGGAUUUCAAUGGCGUACUGUAAGUCCAUCAGAGCCAUUACUAGUACCAACUGUUCAAACGUUAGAUAGUUAUGAAACAACACUUAAUAAUAACAAUCAACAAUCAUCAUCAACACCUGUAUCUACUAACUCACCAUCAUCACCUAUUGGUGCUGAUGCUUUCUGGUUAACUGGAGCUCAUUUAUACACUCCAUUACCAUAUUGGGGUGCUGAAGAAGGUUCAUUAGCUUCUCAAUUACGUCUACAUGGAUUCUUUCUUGCCGGCUCUACAUUGGAAAGACCUAUUCAAAAAUUGAUGGAUUCACCUUCUACUUGUAAAACUGUUAAUGAAUUUAGUCAGUACUUUUUAAAUGAAUUAAAAGGUCGGCCUCGUACUGUAAUUGGUAUGGGUGUAGUAUUUCGUUUUGCUGGAAUUUUACGCAUUGAAUUAAAUUAUUGUUUCCCAAUGACAUAUCAAUCUGGUGAUCAAGUAAAGCCUGGAUUCGCUUUUGGAUUUGGCAUGUAUUAUAUGUGAUUCAUUGGUAAAUCUGUAGUUUUGCUGUUUGAAUUUUCCACUGCAAAAUUAUUAGGUAAUAAUCUUGUGUGUGUGUGUGUGUACGAAACAAAUAAAUAGACGGAGAUUGAUCCCAAUAGUAACUUGUUGUUAUUAUCAGAUACUAAUCGAUACUAAUCUAGAUUUAAUGUGGUUUCUUCUUUGUUGCAUUUUUGUCUUACUUUAGAUUAACUAAACUGAUACUGUACACACGUUUCAUGUAUAAAUGUAUUAGUAAAUAAAUACAUAUUUCAGU